AGGUCGACGCCGACGCUGCCUCCGCGGGACCCAGCUACCGCGCGCCCCGAAAUCGUAAACGCCGCGCCCCGUCCCUGAGGGGCGGAGCUAGCGCCGGUCCCGCCCCUCCGUCCCAAGAACUCCCGCCAGCGCGCCCCCCGGCCCAACUGCAGCGCGUGACGCGGGGCGCGCGGCUCCGGCGGCCACCGUGGGCGGGCGCAGACUGCCGGGACGGCAGGGAGCGGCGGCAUGGCGGCGGCGGGGUCGGCGGGGCCCGAGCCCAUGCCGAGCUACGCGCAGCUGGUGCAGCGCGGCUGGGGCAGCGCGCUGGCGGCGGCGCGGGGUUGCGCGGACUGCGGCUGGGGGCUUGCUCGCCGCGGCCUGGCCGAGCACGCGCACCUGGCGCCGCCCGAGCUGCUGCUGCUGGCCCUCGGCGCGCUCGGCUGGACCGUGCUGCGCUCGGCGGCCACCUCGCGCCUCUUUCGGCCCCUAGCCAAGCGGUGCCGCCUCCAGCCCAGAGAUGCCGCCAAGAUGCCUGAGAGCGCCUGGAAGUUUCUCUUCUACCUGGGCGCCUGGAGCUACAGCACCUACCUGCUCUUCGGCACUGACUACCCCUUCUUUCACGACCCACCCUCCGUCUUCUAUGACUGGAAGACGGGCAUGGCGGUGCCACGGGACAUUGCAGUGGCCUACCUGCUACAGGGAAGCUUCUACGGCCAUUCCAUCUAUGCCACGCUGUACCUGGAUGCUUGGCGCAAGGACUCAGUGGUCAUGCUUGUCCACCACGUGGUCACCUUGAUCCUCAUUGUGUCCUCUUACGCCUUCCGGUACCACAAGGUGGGCAUCCUUGUGCUCUUCCUGCAUGACAUCAGCGACGUGCAGCUGGAGUUCACCAAGCUCAAUGUCUACUUCAAGUCCCGCGGAGGCGCCCACCACAGGCUGCACGCCCUGGCUGCCGACCUGGGCUGCCUCAGCUUCUGCCUCAGCUGGUUCUGGUUCCGCCUCUACUGGUUCCCGCUCAAGGUCCUGUACACCACGAGCUACUGCAGCCUGCGGUCGGUGCCUGACAUCCCCUUCUACUUCUUCUUCAACGCGCUCCUGCUGCUGCUCACCCUCAUGAACCUCUACUGGUUCCUGUACAUCGUGGCUUUUGCUGCCAAGGUGCUGACGGGCCAGGUGCGGGAACUGAAGGAUGUGCGGGAAUAUGACACGGCAGAGGCCCCGAGCCCGAAGCCCCGCAAAGCUGAGAAUGUCCAGUCAGAAUGUGGGUUGGGAGGCUGGCACCUCCAGCCCCAAAUGGCAUCAUUCCCACUAGGAUGGCAAAGAACAAACUCCAUACAGAGAUGACAGGGGACCAGGGAAUGCUGCCUCGUGGACACCACCUGAAGAACCUAAUCCAUGAGGAUAACUAGAAUUAGCACAGUUGAGUACAAAACAAGAGGGGAUAAAAAGCAAUGAGAAUGUGGGAUGUGCCCCCAAAGAGCUGGUCAGGACACCUCCAAACUGUCAGGUCAUGGAAAACAAGAGAUGGAGGAGCUGUCCUAGCUCAGACUGACUGAAUGCAGUUGUGGAAUCCUGGACCAGAAGAGACAUCUAUAGAAAAACUGGUGAAAUUCAAAUAAAGUCUACAGUUUAGCUCAUAGCAGUGUCCCCGGCGUUGGUUUCUUAGUUGCGACAAGUGCACUGUGGAGAUAUAAAAUCUCAGCAUUCGGGGAAGCUUGGACAAGGUCUGCCCUGGAACUCUUUAUGCUAUCUCUGCAAAUCUAAAAAUUAUUCUAAAGUUGAAAGUUUAUGAAAAAUGUAAAAGACAUGAGAGACCAGCCAAAACAGCAUUGGAUGUUCUGUUACUUUUCUGAGCCUGCUGUAACAAAGUGCCACAAACCAGGGGGCUUAAAACAACAGAAGGUUAUUCUCUCACAGUUCUGGAGAUCAGACAUCUGAAAUGAAGGUGUCAACAGGAGCCACAAACUCUCUCUGAAGGUCUAGGGGAGGAUCUGUGCUUACCUCUUCCAGUUUCUGGGUGUUCCUUUUGGCUUGUGACUACAUCACUCGAGUCUCCAUUUCCUGUCUUCGAAGACAUGGUCUCUUCUCUCCAGCUCUUCUCUUAUAAGGACAUUUGUCAUUGGAUUUAGACCACUAUCAUCUCUUUGCAAUUUCCUUCACUUAAUUACAUUUAUAAAGACUAUUUAUCCAAAUAGUCACAUUCACAGUUCCAGAGAUUAGGAUGGGAACGUAUCUUUUUAGGGACCACAGUUCAACCUACUGUAGAAGUUGUCUCCAACAAUUAGAUACAGCUUAAAGGAGAAUCAGUAAAUUGAAAGCUGUGGAGAAAUUAUCCAGAAUGCAGCUAAACACAUGGAAAAUAUGACAACUCAAAUGGUAAGAACUAUCUGGCUGAGUUCUAAGAAGAGACAGAGAGAGAGAGAACAAUGAGAAGACAUAACACUGAGAAUUCUUCCAGAAAAUGACAAACCAUAAAUCAUCAGCAGGACGAAUAAGAAAGCAUCCUUGCCCCAAACAUGGGGCUUCCCUGGUUGCUCAGAUGGUAAAGAAUCUGCCUGCAGUGUGGGAGACCUGGGUUCAAUCCCUGGGUUGGGAAGAUCUCCUGGAGAAGGGAAUGGUUACCCACACCACUGUUCUUGCCUGAGAAUCCCAUGGGCAGAGGAGCCUGGGAAAUGUAAAACAACCACAGAAAAGGAGAUGACCUACAAAACGGUGACAGACUAACAGCAACAAGGGAAGCUGGAAAACUGUAGAGUCAGAUAUCACCUCCAACGUGGAAAGAAAGUAACAAGAAACCAGGACUCUUGUAUACAACUUGAAAAACAAUUACUCAAGAGAAAAGAUACCUGCUGGCUUAAAUGAGAUCCUGGGUUUUGUCCCCAGCAUCCCCAUCAAGAGAGAAAAAAAAAAAAAAAGAAGAAGAAUAUCCACAGGAACAAAAAUUAAGAAUGCUUACCACUUGCAGACCUUCUCUACAAGAAUAUUUCAGAAAACAGGAAAACUACACCCAAGAGAUACAUAAGCAGAGAAACUGACACGUAUCUGGGUAAAAUUCUUUUAAAUGCCUCAUCUCAGAGAUUAAAAAAACUAGAGCUGGGACUUCUCUGGCGGUCCAGGGGUCAGAACUCUGCAGUUUCCACUGCAGGGUGUGCAGGUUUGGUUCCUAGUUGGGAACCCAGGUCCCACAUGCUGCACAGCCAAACAUUUAAAAAAAUGUUAAAGAAUCACAAAGAUGCCAUGUUUGGGUCAAGCUUAAUAAAAUAAAUAAAAAUAAAUGCCAUGCCCUCCUCCAGGGAUCUUCCCAACCUAGGAAUCAAACCUGCAUCUCUUAUGUCUCCUGCAUUGGCAGGUGGGUUCUUUACCACUAGCGCCACCUGGGGCAUCCCAGGGGAUUACCUUUGGGUAAUCUAUGUUAGUCGCUCAGUCGUGUCCAACUCUUUGCAACCCUGUGGACUGUAACCCACGAGGCACUUCUGUCCACGGGAUUUUCCAGGCAAGAAUACUAGAGUGGGUUGCCAUUUCCUUCUCCAGGGGAUCUUCCCGACCCAGGGAUCAAACCCGGGUGUCCUACAUUGCAGGCAGACUCCCCGCUUCUGACCUGGUUAAAGACUUCAACUCCAGGAUAAAUGCAGGUUGCAAGUAAAGGACAGGAAGACACAUUCAGGUGUGACCUUUGAUCUGGAGGAAUCUGCACAAUGCAGCCCUAAACCAUGGCAAGAGGGGACCCUGGGAGGUUAAGUCUGUGCUCCUCAGCAGGUGGCUCAGAAGCAGGAACAGAUGUUCCUUUUUGUAUUUUUUAAACUUGAUUUUUAUGAUGUGUCUUUGUCCGUGCUGGGUCUUUGUUGCUGCUGGGGCUUUCUCUGGCCACGACGAGCGGGGGCUACUCUCUAGUUGUGGUGCUUGGGCUCCUUGUUGCACUGGCUCCUCUUGUUGCAGAGCGUGGGCCCUGGGGCGCGCAGCCUCAGUAGCUGCCGUUUCCAGGCUCUAACGCACAGGCUUGGUAGUCGUGGUGCGUGAGCUCAGUUGCCCUGAGGCAUGUGGGAGCUUCCCAGUUCAGGGAUCGAAUCCAUGUCUUCCUGCACUGGCAGGCGGAUUCUUUACCGCUGAGCCAUCAGGGAAGCCCAGGAACAGAUGCUCUUUUAAAGCACAGAACACUUUUCAAAAUUGAAGAAAAAAAAAAAAAAACAGGCCACAGGAGCAACCUCCGUUGCUCAGGACCAGGAUCACGCAGACCAUGUAUGAUGAGAAAAUUCAGUUAGGUCUGCAAACAGUAAGAAAACGGUGGCUGAGAAUCACUUGGAAGGACUCGGAGUGGAAUCAUGUGGCAGGGCGGCACCGAUGCCUUCCUGGCUCCUGCUGGUUCUCUCUUCUCAUCUGCCUCCACGGGACCCCUCCUGGGUCUCCACCUCCGGGCCCCUGCAGUGGCCCCCACGUCCUGGGCAUGACCUUGGCAUGAAGCCCCCGUCAUACCCUCAGGCUGCUGGGACCCCCGUCCAUCCAGGCCCCUUGCCCCACUCUGGCUGCGCUGAUUUGCCAGCCCCACCUCCCCAGACGUUGGUCUUCGCCGCGCUCUCAGCAGGCCCUGCGGUAUCCGAAGAGCUGAGACCCCCCCGUCUGGCCACAGCAGCCACGUGGGCCAAGGGUCCUUAGUGAUGCCGGGGCGGUGCCUGCGCUCCUGGGACUCUCCCUCUCCUUGGCCAGCAGCUGUCUUCACCAUCGUCCCCUCACCCGAUGACUGGCCCCCGUGUCCCCAGGAGGAGGAUGUCCACCCUCUUGCCUGGCUGGCUGGCUGGUAGCUGGUCUGUCUCCUGAAGCCACCAUCUGGGCCACCGAUGUCCACCCCCUUUCCUGCUCAGGGACAUUCUGAUCAAGGAGAGAAGCCGCCUCUCUCUCUGCCCUUCUCUGCCAGUCUGGCCAGCUUCUUCCCCACCCCACCCCCCUUUACAGCACAGCGCCCCCCUCCCCUCCCUUCCCAAACCCAGCUCCCUCUGGGUUCUUUCCCCCCUCACCCCCUGAGACCACUCCUGUCUGCUCCACUGAUGCUAAACAAACCUGGCGGUCACUUAAACCCCUCCCCUUUUUAAAAACAGUUUUAUUGAGAUGGAAUUCACACACCAUGCAGUUUGCCCAAUUACCAUGUGGAAUUCAGUGUUUUUGGCCCAUCCACAGAGUUGUGCAACCCUCACCAUGGUUUUAGGACAUUUUUGUCAACACCCCAAAAGAAACCUCAUACCCAGCCCAGCCCUCCUUUGCAAUCACCAGGCGCUCCUGCUCCCCGCUUCACUUCCUGCCGCCUUCCUGCUCAUCUGCCUGGCUUCCCGCCUCCCACGUCACUGAAUCCAACCGGACUUCCCAGUGUCUCUCCCAGCUCCCAGGGUCCCUCUGAGCAGCAUUCUCUGUGUCAGUGUCUGCUUGACAUUCUCAGCACCUCAAAUAUCCAACAUCAACCCCCAGCCCCACUCCCAAACUACCUCUGCUGUACAUUUGCCCAUCACAGCUGAUGGCAACUCAAGGUGUAAGCCUUCCAAAACCCUCGAGAGACCCCCUUCUCUCCCUUCUCCUUAUCCUCAAGGAAAUAUCCAGAAACCACCUGGGUCUCUGCCUGUCCACAUCUCCCUCCAGCUUCCACCCUCACUCUGAUUUUUUUCUUUCCCUGCAGUGUUGCACUGAGACUAAAAAUGUAUAAAUCUGAUACUGCAGAGAGGCCGUCCUGCCAGAAUUGGGUACUCCCCUCCCCCCACAAAUACUAACACUGUUUUUGAGGAGGGAGGGGGCACUUGGAAGCUUGUGCAGAAAAACAAACCUGAAUAACCCCAGGAAAGCUCUGAUAAAAAGGCCCAGGGCAGGGGAUACAGAUCCUUGGAGGUAUUAAACCUUCUAUAAAAGUAUAGGAAUUAAAAACAGCGGGAACAGAGCUGAGCCCAUCAAACGUUAACAAAGAAGCAACCCCCGGGAGGGAAGAAGUGUCAGUGGGACGCUUCCUUGGUAACCAUCUUUAUCUCA